AUGAUGCUGCACGCCUCCUUACAAGGACAGGCAGAUCCUCCAAAGCUCCCCUCUGUGUCAGUGAGUCCCUCUGCUGAGAUAGAGGAGGGCAGUUCAGUGACUCUGACCUGUAGCAGUGAUGCUAACCCAGCAGCUAGCUACACCUGGUACAAGGAGGAUGAAGACUCUCCAAAAGCUUCAGGACAGAUCUUCAACAUCACUGACUUCAGAGCUGAACACAGUGGGAGUUAUUCCUGUGGAGCCCAGAACAAGUUAGGACGUAGUAACUCCACCUUACAUCUGACUGUUGGAACAGGGAGUUCACCAAUGAUAGUGAAUAUCAUCAGGACGACUCUGGGGGUCUUGAUGCUGGUUCCUGUGUUUCUCCUGAGUCUGUGGACGAGGAAGAAGAAAGCUCUGCGCUCCACCACUGAAGCACAUGAACCUGAAGAGAUAGAGUUGGACUCUAUCCCUGAGUAUGAGAACAACUCACACACUGCAGCACAGAGAGAAGACAGAGAGGAGCAGGAAGACCUGGUGUGAAGUCCAGUCAGAUUAGAGCCUCCUGCAUCAGACGCUCACCUGAUGGAAACAAAGAAGAAGGACGUUGAAAUGUCCCUGAGGAGAGCGAGGCUGUGCACGAUGUGUGCGAAGUGGAUAUAUUCACGUUCAACUCUUAAAGCUUUUACUGUCAGUUUUCAGUAGCAGCAGCUUGUAGCUUUAGGCGCCGUUUACACGAGGAGAAAACUGCUUGUAUCUGCAUAGUUUCGCGUGCGUAUAGCCCUAUU